AAGUCUCGGUCACUUUUAGAGUGAACGUGAGGUGAGGUUGUAUUUAAGCACAUUCUCAUAGAACUCGAACGGCGUUCAAGAAAAUUCCGAAUCUUUGUUGAAUAACAUAUCUGUGUAAAGGGACAGUGCAUAAUCGUUUUACAAGUUACGGAUUAAAAUAUGAAAUACAUCUUAGUAACGGGAGGCGUAAUUAGCGGUGUCGGCAAAGGUGUUAUUGCCAGCUCGUUCGGAACGAUACUCAAACAUUGCGGUAUUCAUGUGACGUCUAUCAAGAUUGAUCCUUACAUAAAUAUAGAUGCUGGUACAUUUUCACCGUACGAACACGGCGAGGUAUAUGUCCUGGAUGAUGGAGGUGAAGUAGAUCUAGACUUGGGGAAUUAUGAACGUUUCUUGGACAUUACGUUGCAUAGGGACAAUAAUAUAACUACCGGAAAAAUUUAUCAGUCUGUGAUUUCGAAGGAGAGGCAGGGCGAUUAUUUGGGGAAAACUGUACAAGUGGUACCUCACAUAACAAAUGCUAUACAAGAAUGGGUCGAAAGAGUGGCGAACCAAUCGGUAACAGAAGAUGGAGCUCAACCUGAUGUUUGUAUUAUCGAGCUGGGAGGUACAAUAGGAGAUAUCGAAGGGAUGCCCUUCGUUGAAGCUUUUAGGCAGUUUCAGUUUAGGGUCAAAAAAGAGAAUUUUUGUUGUGCUCAUGUAUCUUUAGUGCCACAACCGCGAUCUACAGGAGAACCAAAAACAAAGCCGACGCAGUCCAGCGUAAGAGAAUUACGUGGAUUGGGAUUAUCUCCUGAUCUUAUAGUUUGUAGAUCCGAGAAACCUAUAGGGGAUGUAGUCAAAGAAAAAAUUUCAAAUUUCUGUCAUGUUGCUCCAGACCAAGUCAUAACUAUACAUGAUUUAUCAUCUAUAUACCGUGUUCCAUUGUUAAUGGAAUCGCAAGGUGUUAUUGAAUUUUUGAACGACAGACUACAAUUACAUAUAACUAUGCCGCGUCCACGAUGUUUCAUGCGGAAAUGGAGAGACUUGGCAGAUCGAAUAGAUCACUUACGAAAGGACGUAAAUAUUGCUUUGGUCGGAAAAUAUACCAAGCUAGAAGAUUCCUAUACCUCUGUUACAAAAGCAUUGCAACAUGCGUGCAUUCAAGUUGGUCAUAAACUUAAUUUAACGUACAUAGAAGCUGAUAAUUUAGAAGCAACCAAGAAGACAUCUGACCCUGUAUUAUAUCAUGAAGCUUGGCAGAAGCUUUGCAAAAGCGACGGUGUAAUUGUGCCAGGAGGUUUUGGUAAAAGGGGAAUGCUAGGGAAAAUGGAGGCAUGUAAAUGGUGUAGAAUACAUAAUAAACCAUUUCUUGGUAUUUGCCUGGGAUUACAAGUGGCUGCCAUUGAAUUUGCGCGCAAUGUCUUGAACUUGGAAACUGCGAAUAGCACAGAAAUUGAACCGAAUACAGAUCACCCCGUUGUUAUCGAUAUGCCGGAACACAAUCCUGGUCAGAUGGGAGGAACCAUGAGAGUUGGAAAAAGACGUACUCGCUUUACGGAACAUAAUUCCAUUAUAAAACAAUUAUAUGGGAAUAAGGAAUCCAUUGAAGAAAGACAUAGGCAUAGAUACGAAAUUAAUCCAAAGUAUAUCGCGGACUUAGAAGAGGCUGGAAUGCAUUUCGUAGGUCAUGAUGACGAUAAUCUACGUAUGGAAGUAGCGGAAUUAGAAGGGCAUAUUUAUUAUGUUGCCACACAAUUUCAUCCAGAAUACUUGUCUAGACUUUUGAAGCCCUCACCUCCGUUCUUAGGACUUAUUUUAGCAAGCAUUGGUAAAUUAAAGUCUUACUUAGCUAGAGGUUGCAGGCUCUCGCCGAAUCAAGUUAGCGAUACCGAGUCAGAUAACGAGUAUGUGGCAGAUCCAUUGGUAAAGCAACAGUUUAUAAGCGAUGCAAGUAGGAGUGGUAGUACUACAUCCGGUACUAAUGAUUAAGUCUUUCAAUUUAACUUGUUAGGAAAAAAUAUUUUUAAUGACAAAAUACUAUUCCUAUAUACAUACG